ACUUGAUGGGGUUAUUCCAUGGCUCUCUGUCUCUCCAAAUGGAUUGGCCACAGGUGAAGAGUGGAUGCCGCCUCCAGAUGUGAUCGUGGACCUCUACGAGAAGUUGGCCACGGGAGAGAUCAUGAAACUGAAGUGGCAGUGCAUCGGUCGCCGGGCACCUGCCGACAAAUUGUCUCAGCUGGAAAACAAGAAUCUUCAAUCGUCGGACGACGGGAUCUUCUUUGACUUCGACGAGACCCCCGAGACCCCCCUGCAGCCGGUGCGAACGCCCGGUUCCGCCCAGCCGCGGGGGAGCGCCCGCAAGAAGACGACCGAUCUCAGCAGCAUCAUCUCCAACAUGCAGCGCCAU